AUGAACGAGACCAAUCGUUUGAUGGCCUCUGUGCAAGCUGCCAAGUUGUCAAUUCUGGCGUAUCCCGCCUUCCGCUUCCUCCAUCAAAAACUCCAUGACGCGUUCGUGUUCGACCAAGUGACUGAGGAAGGCGGGACCAAUGUUGAGAUUCCGGGUGAUAUGCUGACGCACUGGACGUGGGGCUCAAGCGCUCACUCUCUCAACGCUCAUAAACUUCACAUGGUCACCUCGGGGCAGGCAGCUGAUGGCAAUGGCUGCAAUAAUGCAGGCGAUAAUGACGAGCAGGACGCGAUAAUCGCUCUCAGCACCGUUAGAUGA